UUUUAUUUUUUAUUUCCUUUUUUCCUUUUUUUUUUUCAUUUUUCAUUUUAUUUUCCUUUUUCUUUAUUUUUCCCUUUUUAUUUUCUUUUUCCUUAAUUAAGAAUAUACCAUGGCAGAGAUGAAGGAAUGUCUUUAUAAAAUAUUAGUUGUUGGUGAUCUUGGUGCAGGAAAGACUUCCAUUAUUCGACGUUAUGUACAUAAUAUAUUCUCUACGAACUAUAAAUCAACAAUUGGAGUUGAUUUCGCUUUAAAAGUCAUUCAAUGGGAGCCUGAAUUAAUAGUAAGACUUCAACUAUGGGAUAUUGCGGGACAAGAAAGGUUUGGUAACAUGACACGCGUCUAUUACAAGGAAGCAGUUGGUGCUAUCGUUGUUUAUGAUAUGAGUCGACCACAAACAUUUGAAGGUGUGACAAAAUGGAAAAAUGAUCUUGAUAACAAAGUGACAUUACCUGAUACUUGGGGCGGUGGACCCAUUCCAGUUGUUUUAUUAGCCAACAAAGCAGAUUUAAUUCAAGAAGGUCAUGGACAACAUGUCAAUCCAAAUGAACUAGAUAAAUUUUGUAAAGAACAUGGAUUUAUUCAAUGGUUUGAGACAUCAGCUAAAGACAACACGAAUAUUGAAGAAGCCGCUCGCUAUUUAGUAUCUUCCAUUUUAAAGCUUGAAAAGGAAAAUGCAAAACCUGCUGUUAAUGAAAACGAAGUAAUCAACUUGACUAAUUCACAACAACAGCAGCAGCAGACUAACAAUAGUUGCUGUUAAGAUGAUCCCUUUUUUUAUAUAUAUAGAUAACAAAUUUGUUAAGCUGCACCAAUACUAUUAAAGAAUGUUUAUCUAUAAAAAUCAUAAUUUAUUUUAGCUUAUUGUAAUAGUGUUUGACU